CCGCGCGCGCCUUCCUUUGGGCGCCGCUGACCGCCUGUGAAUUUAAAGGGCCCGCUCCUUCCCGAAGUUGGUUGGUGUUUGUGGACCGCGACUUGCCAUGGGACCUGUGCGGUUGGGGAUCUUCCUUUUCAUUUUGACAGCGCACGGUGGUGGAGCUGGGGCGCCAAAAGAGGAGGACGAUGACACGGAACGCUUGCCUACCAAAUGCGAAGUGUGUAAGCUGCUGAGCAGGGAGCUGCAGGAGGAGCUGAGUCACACAGGCCGAUCUCGAGAGGUGCUAGAGCUGGGGCAGGUACUAGACACAGGCAAGAGGAAGAAACAUGUGCCUUACAGCAUUUCAGAGACAAGGCUAGAAGAGGCCUUGGAGAAUUUAUGUAAGCGGAUCCUGGAUUAUAGUGUUCAUGCUGAACGCAAGGGAUCACUGAGAUAUGCCAAGGGUCAGAGUCAGACCAUGGAAACCCUGAAAGGCCUAGUGCAAAAGGGUGUGAAGGUGGAUCUGGGGAUCCCUUUGGAGCUGUGGGACGAGCCUAGCGUGGAAGUCACAUUCCUCAAGAAGCAGUGUGAAAUGAUGCUGGAAGAAUUUGAAGAUGUCGUGGAAGACUGGUACUUCCACCAUCAAGAGCAGCCCUUACAGCAUUUUCUCUGUGAAGGUCAUGUGCUCCUGGCUGCUGAAACUGCAUGUCUACAGGAAACAUGGACUGGAAGAGAGAAAACCACAGAUGGACAAGAAAAUGCAGAAGAGGAAGAGGACCUGGAGGAGGAGGACAAGGAAGAAGAAAUGACUAAGACAUCAGGCCAUCCCAAGCAUGACCCAGAGGAUCUCUGACCCUUGCCUUUUAGCCCCCGGGGGAGGGUUCAUGGAGAGCACUCUCAAGCCUGACCUCUCAGGGUCCCACAGCUCUAAGGGUGUGCCUCAUCUCAGGCAGGUGGGUUCAGGAUAGUAUGGAUGUGGGAAGGUGGGAGCACCAGGUGAUCCACAGCUUGCCUUCAUAGAUUAGCCCUCACCCUGGCGUCCUGCCCCUUCAAUUGGCAGGCGUGUGUGAUGUGACAGCCUUGGAGCAGUGCAUAACACAGUGCAUAGCAGUAAGUAACACAGCUCCUCACCCCUGUCCAGAGGUCAGCGCGGCGCGGGCUGGCAAGGUCCCUUAGACCCUGGGAAGAGAGAGGUCAGAACACUAGGCCAGAACACUACCGCCUAGAUACACACCGCCUGCGUCCGGGCCUCAUAACCAGCCGGACGGCCCGGCACUGCUGGCGGGUCGGUGGGGCGCAUGCGCGGUCGGCUUCAUAUUCACCAAGUGC